GUCGGAUCGUUUACUUGAUAGUUCCGUUAUACAGAGGUAGAGGCGAUCGAUUGAUUCAUUCGUUCUCUCCAGCUCGAAGCUAUGGCGGAUUUUCGUGCCGCAAUCCCAGUUCCAGGAGGAAGGAUUGAGAGCUUGCAAUGGCGCCGACCAGGAAUUCCUGCUAAUCGACACCACAGGAAGAAAUGGAGAACGCUAGCAAUGGCUCGGGACGAUUCUAGCAGGAAGAAGAACGAAUUUCCUCUCAUUCUCGACGCGAAUCUCUCCUCCAGAAUGGCAGCGUUCCAAUGCGCCCUAUCGUCCACUGCCGAGAACAACGAGACGACACACUGCCGCAGGAAUUUCACCUCGAGCAUCCAAUCUCUGGUCCAACACAGCGAUAGCGCGCAGAGGCACUGCGAGGCCUUCCAGGCAUCGCUGGAUUCGAUCGAAGCUCGCCUCGCGCUGGCUCCCAGCGCCUCUGAGAUUUCCAGCCUCCAGACGCGCCUGGAGCGAGCAUCGUCCUCCUUGCUCCCCCAAUCCGGCAUCGAGCAGUUGAUCCGAGAGGCCGAGCUCUUGGAAUCGAGGCUCGCAGAGAUUCCAAGGGCGGAAGAAAUCGAGGCCCUAGACACUAGAAUCCCCGAAAUGCUGAUGAAGAGAUCGUGGGAAAGAGUCGGCGAUGGUGCCAGGAGGUUGCGGCGAGCGAUGGAUAGAGCUGAGAUCGCGUGGCUGCGGCAUCUAAAGGAUACCGCCUCGCAGCUCAUCGGGAAUAAAUCUUAGGGUUUAUAGCUAUUUGUCUGGAGCAUUUUUCUAGGGUUCAUGGAGACCUCUCUCAGAUUUCGAGGCGAUGAGAGGCAACUCCGGCUCCACGCGAAGGAGAAUUUCCUGCUCGACAGCUCCUUUUGCCUCCAGGUCCACGGCUAUCUCAACACGCACAACGGCAGGGCGGGAUGCAUCGCGCAGCUCAAGAGGAAAUUCCUCCCCGAGCUUCUCACGAGCUUGGAUGUGGGCGCGCGAUACGACACCGAUCACAAGGAAUUUACGUACGAUGUGCGCGGCAAGAAGACGCUGCCUCUCACGGACAAUGGAUUGCUCAGCGUGGAUCUCAAGGGAGGAUUCAACUUUAAUCCUCGAUUGAAACUGGGAAAAGCCAGGGGAGCGAUAGAGCUCAGCUACAAGGUCUUCAACUUCACGGAAGAUCAAGAUCUCAAGCUCAAAAUCGGCUAUGAUCCUUUCAAACAGAAGCCAUACUUGCAAUUGAGGGAGAACAAUUGGACAUUCAAUGCCGACAUAAACGGUGCCUGGAACAUCAUCUACGACCUGUAAUUCUCGAGAGCGAGAGGGAACGAACGAUUCUUUCAAUCAUCUCAUUCAUCUUAGCAGCGAAGAAGGGAAGGGAAAAUUUUUCAGAGGUCU